GUGACCAGCAAAGACCCUCCACCACCCCAGCUCCAUCCCAGACCCCCAGGACUCUGCUCCCUAAGUGCAGCCAGUCAGGGCUGCGUGCUCCUGGGUUCAGCUCCGUGUGUCUCCCAGGUACUCCAGGAGCUGGACGUCUGGCUGCGUUCGGCUUCAUACGGAGCUCCAGUGUCUCAUCUGUGUCGUCUCCCCACUCUGUAGAGAGCACCCAGCCAGACACCUGUCAACGUGUGUGUGUUGACCCUCCCCUCUACAGAGUGACCAACCCCUCCUCUACAGACCUCCAGAGAGGAGGCGGACCUCCAAACUAUACCACCCGUAGUCUCCAGCCCCCAUCUACCCCAGCCCUGCCUCGAAGAUACCUGCCUGCACAACCCAGAGGGUCGCCUGCUGGUGUGAGGAAGGAGUUCCAGAGGAGUUCUGAGAUCACAAGGUCCCUCCCCUCCUCUCCUAAAAGGCUGGCUGUGGUGCCUCCUAAACCCCAGUCACCAGUCCUCUCCAGGCAGCGUCCAGCAGCAGUUCCUCCCGGCUCCCCUCGGCGCGUUCCCCCCUUCAGGCCAAAGCAGGAGAACCUGCAGAGGGAGAAAGAGGAGGCGCAGUGGAAGGAGAGAGAGAGGGAGAAACAGAGGGAGGAGGUCCAGAGGCUUCAGAAUCGCUGUGUGAAGCAGGAGGAUCAGCUGACAUCACUGAGAGAGGAACUGAGGAAGACUAAGCUAGGACUACAAGCCUUCAUCAUUACUACCCAACACUACUGUCUGCAGAACGAGAGCGCUGCAGAGAAGGAGAAAGACCUCUCCCUGGAGAUUCAGAGGAUCAGAGACGAAGUCGCUUCUAACACCGCCCAAUGGGAGAGGCUGCAAAAGGAGAAGGCGGAACUGGAGGUGGGGUUUGAGCAGGAGCUCGGGGAGCUGAAACUGCAGCAGGAGGAGGAGCUAGCGGCGGUGGAGGCGGAGCUAAGGGCCUGUCACUCAAAGGAGACGGAACACCUGAGGGCGGAGCAUCAGGAGGAAGUGGAGGAGAUCAGGACCCAGCAGCAGGAGCAGAUGGAUGAGCUGACGGUGAACCACGAGGCAGCCAUUCAGGAGCUGAGGGACAUGCACAACAUUACCAUGACGACGCUGCACGAGGAGCACGCUCGCACCAUGAGGGACCUAAGGAAGGCUCAUGAGCAGCAAAAGGUGACUCUGGAAGAAGACUUUGAGAAGCUCAGACUCUCUCUGCAGGAUCAGGUGGAUACCCUGUUGUUCCAGAAGAGUGGUCUGAGGGACAAGGCCAAGCGCUUCGAAGAGGCACUGAGGAGGAGCACUGACGAACAGAUAGGGGAUGCCCUAGCCCCGUACCAGCACAUUGAGGAGGAUCUGAAGAGCUUGAAGGAUGUUGUGGAGAUGAAGAACAACCAGAUACACCAACAGGAGAAGAAGAUCUCUGACCUGGAGAGAGUGCAGGCCCAGAAGAACGUUUUGUUAGAGGAACGGAUGCAGAUGCUACAGCAACAGAAUGAAGACCUGAUGGCUCGUAUAGACAAUAACCUAGCCCUGUCCAGGCAACUCUCAGAGGAGAACGCUAACCUGCAGGAGAACGUAGAGAAGGAGAGCAGUGAGAAGAAACGACUGAGCCGCAACAACGAGGAGCUCCUCUGGCGUCUACAGACCUCCCCUCUCUGCUCCCCCUGCUCCUCUCCCAUCCACCGCUCCUUCUCCACCUCCCCCACUCCCUCUUCCUGCCUCUUCUCCUCCUCUCCCGGGUUGGGAGGAGGGACGGGGUUUGACGCCCCCUCUCACUACUGUGGAGGAUACCUGCCCUCCACACCUACACACGGCUACUCCCCUAGUCACAGAGAGAAUCAGAAUCAGUCUCCAGGGCCGGCCACGCCCACUCACAGAGGAUUCUCCAAUCAGAAUCAGUCUCCAGGACCGGCCACGCCCACUCACAGAGGAUUCUCCAAUCAGAAUCAGUCUCCAGGACCAGCGACGCCUACUCACCGAGUGUCACCCAAUCACCGUCACUCGCCUGCUCGGCUCAACCCCCUCACGAGAUGAGCUCACCUUUCUCUCUCCUCUCUUUUCUCUUUCUGUGUUUCUUCCUCUUUCCAUGUCUUUUCUGUUCAUCUCUUGUGGACAGACUACAUAAACAUAAAUGGUAGGGUAGAUCUGAUACAACGGGAUGCGUGAGGUAAUGAGCAUCAUUAGUUCUGGUGCUUUGGACAAAUCACCAUUUUGCAGGUUUUAGCAUCUUUUGAAUUUCAGAAGAGGGAGAGGACAUUUUGUCCGGAACUUUCAUAAAGAGGGUGGAGCUCUUUGUUCCAGUUCCGAUUCUUGUUCUAUCUCUUCUCUUAACACAUAUGGACCCAGAACUUAAUCGAACAUCUGACCACUUACGCAAUACUUUAGUUCUGGGUUGACCGAGAUGUACUUUUCUGAUAUAAUUUUGCACAAGAUUUUAGUGCUAGAUAAGAUGGGUGUUCUCUCCAGUUACUAUGGCUGUAAGAGACAGAACUCCACUAGCAUCACUAAUAUACUCUACCAAUGCCUUUCUGCUAGCCACUCGAUGGCUAACUCCACUAGCAUCUCUGUAGCCAUUGACCCAGGCUAGCUGACUUAGCCUCUCGAUGGCUAACUCAACUAGCAUCUCUGUACCCAUAGACUCCGACUAGCUGACCUAGCCUCUCGAUGGCUAACUCCACUAGCAUCUCUGUACCCAUAGACUCAUACUAGCUGACCUAGCCUCUCGAUGGCUAACUCCUAGACUCAGACUAGCUGACUUAGCCUCUCUGCUCUACCCUGUAGUCUCCAUUCACCACCAACAAACUGAAGAACACUGGAGACCUCUCUCUUUAAGGAACUCUCUCUCUCUCUUUAAGGAUCUCUCUCUCUCUCUUUAAGGAUCUCUCUCUCUCUUUAAGGAUCUCUCUCUCUCUCUCUCUGUCCUCACCUGGAUGUGUAGCUGACUGGCUAGCUAGCAGGAUGUAGAAUGUUAGAAUGUAGUGCAUUCAACCACGGACUGCAUUGAACGACUGUAGUGUAUUCAAACACCAACCACGGGCAGUGCUGAAAUGUAGAUUGUACCGUGCUCCACAGCAACAGACUCCACUUCAAUGUAUUGUAAAUAGAAAUAGACAGACAGGCUGACAAUAGAUGUUGUUACAAUGAAGACUGUAAAUACAAAUAGAAACAGACAGAUGGACGGACGGACAGACAGACGGACUGAGAGUACCACCAGAUGGGAACAGUGGUAGUCUCUGCUCAGUUAUUCGGGGUCCAAAACCACCACCCCACCAUGCAGGAACGGACUGGGACCAGAAACCGGCCCGGGCAUUUCUAACACACACCGGUCCAUGGCCAGUCCAUCUCUGCUACCACAAAUGUGUCUGUACCAGAGAUAACUACCAACCAAAUGGAACCAGGGUUAAAAUAACCGUAUUCUCUCAAGGAAGCACAUUGUACUCCAGUACAACCUUUUACCAGCACAUGAUGUCCAACAGUCUUCAGAUACCAGGAUUUUACAGAUGAUUUUAAUCCAACGUUUAAGGAUGUUUUAUAAACUCUUUCAGUUUUACCAGCAACAAUAACACUAACAGAAGCGCUUCCAAUCCAGACCGAAUCCAAAUCCACUCCAGUCUUCCGCUCUCUCUACAUGGAUAUUACCUCUGGGUAGGGUAGGUUAAAAUGUAUCCCCUAACCUUUGAUUCAGGGUAAGAUAUUGACUGUGUUCAAGUGUAUCAAAUGCAUUUUGGACUGAUUGAUCUACAAAUAAUAAUGGUCAGGCAGGUAGCCUAGCGGUUAGAAUCCACAAGCCGACGUGGUGAAAAAAAUCUGUCAUACUGCCCUUGAGCAAGGCACUUAACCCUAACUGGUCCAGGGUCGCUGUCAAUAAUGGUUGAUCCCCCUAGCCAUGACCCCACUCUCGGAGGGUGUCUCAGGGAGAGUUGGGAUAUGCAAAAAAAAAAACAUUUCCGAUUCACACAUGAAAUAGGACAUAUAUAAGUACCACGAAUAGGGCCAUUUGGGAACACUGGGACUGAAAAAAUACCGACCACAGGAAUUGUUGUUGUUGUUUGUUAUUUUCUAAGUGAUAUUUGUAAACGUAUUUAUUGGACUUUUGUAUACUUUACCUACUUUACCAAGCAUGUCUUCCCGUCUUUACCUCUCGCUGUCUGGAGCCUGGGGGUCUACGGUUCUGCUAACAUCCCAGGUUUUCCGGAAAUCCUUGUUAAAAGUUUCCCAGAAUCAUAAGAGAAUAAGCAGGAAAUUCGGAAUCAUCCAACCAGGAUUUCUGGAAAACCUAGGAAUGUUGGGAAAGUUACAGUAAUUUUGCAACCCUAAGUAGGGUAGUUGUGAUGUUUAUCAGACCUGGGUUUCAAAUACUCAAAGAUUCUCGAUAAAUAGAUUGAAAUACUUUAUCUGUGCCUGUUUGAGCUUGCCUGGCUUAACUAACUGAUAGAAAAGCCCCAAAACGGA